AGUUUUGAAUAAACAAGGACAGAAGCAAGCCAUGUCUUGUUGGGUCAGAGGCGAAGGUUCAUAGUUGAAAUUCGAAAAGAUGGUGGCGCACGCAGAAAUACGCGUGGUUCACCGUGGUGGCAGCAAAAUAAACUUCAGAGAGCCAGUUAUUACAAAUGAUUCCAGGUCAAGUCUGUCAUCAACCUCCUGUUUGCCGCCUACACCGGAAACAUCUCAGCACUAAGGAGGUCAAAUUUGCUCUGUCCUCCAUGGACAUGGAGCAGAGGGACUAUGACUCCAGGACGGCUUUACAUGUGGCUGCAGCAGAAGGACAUGCAGAGGUGGUGCGCUUCCUCUUGGAGGCGUGCAAAGUGAACCCUGUUCCCAUUGAUAGGUGGGAUAAGACCCCAAUGGAAGAUGUCUUGCAUUUUGGCCAUCACGACAUGGUCACCAUCCUCCAGGACUAUCAAAACAAGUACAACCCACAAGAGGCCCCCAAGAAGGACAAGGAGACAGCAGAGAACAACCUGGGCGGCCUGCUGUAGUGUAGACAUCCAAGCCAGUUGAUGGCGCCACGCUGCUUUUGUAUCCUCUCAACUAGACUGCUGUUUCUUUGGUGGGAAAGACACUUUUUGGAGUGACUUUUGUCGACUUUGUAUGAUGACUUUAUUUCUGAACUGUGUGUUUGAUUAAAUGUGUUUUACAUUUUUUAUACUCCUUUGUUUUACUGUAAGUGUUUUGCUUUACCUUUUGUUGUGUGAUUUGGUGACGGUGUUGCUUAUUUUUGCUGUAUCUUUCCUCUUUCGUCCUCUAGUCUUUCCCUCACCAAGUGUGUGUGUGUGUGUGUGUGUGUGUGUGUGUGUGGUGAGAGUGAGUCCCAAAUCGAAGUGCAGAAUCUGAUUGAAUCUUUGUGACAUUGGUGUGCAAUAUAAAGUGAUAUCAUUAUACAUAUGCUGCUACAUGUAAAUUGUAUAUUUAUGUACUGUAUAAAGUAAAUAUAUUUCAUGAUAUCAAGUACCAAUACUUAAUAUAAUUCAAUGUAYUAGUUUAGCAGUUUGGUAUUUUUCCUGGAGGGCCACAAUGUGUAGUAAUCUUUGGCCAAACCAGGCACACUAGAGUCUAUGGAGCGAUAUGAUGUUGAAUCUGAAAUAUAGUUUAUGUUGGCACUAAUAUCACUCCAUAACAUUCUAGCUAUAUGUCUUGGUUAAUGCCUGGUUGGAAAAAAUGAAACAGACUGAAGCUCCUAAAGACAUGAUGGGCCACCACUUGGGUAGAAGCACUAUAUGGUCCUGUAGCCUACUUUGUCACAUGUAAACAAGUUUAGGAUGCCAACUGUUACCAAACAUCCUACGCUUCCACUAGUCCCAGUCAAACUUAUCUUGACCUUUAUCAACCCUACUGCAUAUGCCCUUUAGCUUUCAUUUCAAUUUCAUUUCAUUGUACUUUGUUUGGGACGGCACAAGACACUUAAAAAAAAGGUGUAUAUUUUUGGUCUAGUGUUCUUUUUUUGUAUUACGAUUUUCUCAUAACAAUGGAAUUUUACUUCUCUAUUGCUCAAUACUGUAUGCUAUGCGAACUGUAUGCUAUGUCUGUUGUAGAUCUGGAACCACUGAUAGAAUAGGGGAGUAUCUGUGGCCACAUGAUAAACACUAGUCUGGAAUCAGUAGUCUGAAAAUAGGAGGAAACCAGUUGGACAUGUACAUAAACAUAUGGCAGUUGACAUUAAUAUUGUCAAAAACUCAUCCUAGAUGUCUCACAGUUUUUGAAUGAACUUGUGCCUUUGGCCAGGAUCCAAUUUUCCCACUGAGCUGGUGUGUGUAAAGGACCAUAUAAAAUCAUCUGAAUGAGGGUUAUUCAUGAUUCAGUGGGAUUAUAGCAUAGUUGAAUUCCAUUUCAUUUCCAAUGAGUUUAAGAAAUUAAUGGAAAGCCGUGUACUGAUUGUAUUUGUAUGUUAUGAAUCGCUACUUGAAUAUGUACAAAAACAGUUUG